CCUUGCCAAAAAUAUAUCCUGAUAAAAACCUAGACCUAGAUGGGUCAAAAUCGGAAGUAUAUGAUGACUUUGAAGGCCUCACAAUUAAUGAUUCAUCAUGUAGUAUAAAAACAAUCAUGCCUUUUGAUGACGGAUUAAAAAUUCAUCAGCAAAUAAGGAAAAAUGAACCUUGUGAAACGACAAAAGAAAAAAGGAAGCAAGCAUGGGAAUGUUUUUCUGAAAAUGCUGAUCUGGGAAAUCCCCAAGCAAAAUACUGGAAAGGGUAUUAUUUAUGGGAAGGCUAUCAUGUUGAGAAAAAUCGAGAAGAGGCCAUUCGACUCUUUAAAGAGGCAGCAGAUGAUGGAAUCUCUGGGGCACAAUUACGUUACGCAUUUGCUAUGAUCUCAAAACGAGACAAAAAGUACACACCUGCUGAGAUUGAAGAAUUCAAAAAGUACUUAACGAUGGCUGCUGAAAAUGGAAACCAUGUAGCAUUAUAUAAUUUAGGAGAUCUAUAUUUAAAUGGAAAGUUUCAAGUUGAAAAAAAUCGUGAACUUGCAAUAGACAAAUUAAGAUUAGCCGCUUCCUUUGGAAAUGAUUCGGCAAAGAAACUUUUGGAACAAUUAG